AUGGAGUUUCCCAGAGAAGGACUGUCAAACACUAGGCCACCUGCCCUCAUUGGCACGAAUUUUUCCUACUGGAAAGCCAGAAUGCAAAUAUACAUCUUGGCACAAGGAGAAGGUGUCUGGAAUGCUAUAGAAAACGAAUGGAAAACUCCAGUUGAUGAUAAAGGAAACAUAAAACCUAAAAUUAACUGGAGUGAAGAAGAAAAAACAGAAUAUAACUUCAACUCGAAGGCAAUGAAUGCAAUCUAUGGAGCUGUGAGCGAAGAUACCUUCAAACUGAUUGCCUCUACUCGCAUAGCCAAAAUUGCGUGGAGUAUAUUGUGCGAUCAUCAUGAGGGAAACACAACUGUAAGACAAUCUAAGCUUCAGAUGAUACAAACUGAAUUUGAAAACCUGAAAAUGGAAGAGGAAGAAAGCAUCACCCAAUUCAGUGCCAGAGUUUUAAGUAUAUCCGGAGAUGCAUUCAACUUAGGCGAACCUAUACCCGAACAUAGGAUCGUCAAAAAGGUACUACGCUCACUACCCGGAAGAUUCCAAAUGAAAGUCACCGCUAUUCAAGAACAUAAAGAUCUAAACACCUACAAACUGAGUGAUCUAAUGGGAAAUCUUCAAACAUAUGAGCUUGAGAUACUGCAAAAAGGGAAAGAUAAUGACAAAGGAAUUGCGUUCCAAUCAAAGCAGAAAGGAAGUCCAGAAAUUGAUACUGAAACCAUGGAACAAUCAAUUGCUCUCCUAACAAAGAAUUUCAACAGAGUUCUCAAACAAUUCAACAAAUUUAGAAACAAAAGUGCUUCAAUCAAUCAAGGGGACUUCCUAACUGGACAAAAUCAAUCUAUUUCAAAAAGAAGAGACAGUUCAAAUACAGAAGGAAUACAGUGCUAUGAAUGCAAAGGUUUUGGACACAUCCAAUCAGAAUGUGCCACAUACUUGAAAAGGAAAAAUAAAACAUAUAUAUCAACCCUAAGCGACGACUCAGAUAGUGAAGAAGAUGAUAGCAACACAAAUUUCGUAGCCCUCACCGCUAGCCAUGAAAGCAACAAUAGCGAUGACAUGCAAGAGUUACUAGAGGCAUACACUCAACUAAAUGCCAAGUGGGAGCAAAUCAUCAAGAAAAAUUUGGAACUCAUGGAAGAUAAUCACUAUUUGAAGAAUGAAAAAGAACGAAUAGAGAAACAAUACAAAGAAGCUCAAAACGAACUAUUAGACUUCAAAAACAAAGAAGCUAAACUUCUACAAGAAAUCAAGGAGCUUACCGAAAGACCCAGGACUCCAAGCACAGACACUAGUGAGAAUCAUCAAACCGAGACACAGGAAGUGUCACAACAGCACUUCCGACACCGAAGAAGAAUAAGGUGCUACUAUUGCCGCAAACUAGGACACAUCAAAACUCACUGCUACAAGAGACAGAAUGAUCUUUACUACAGACAAAACAACAGAGUGUGGCCAACACAGAACAGAAAUAAUAGUAAGAAAAUCUGGUACAAAAAUGAAGGGCAUGUCACUUUUGGAGACGGUGGAAAAGGACAAAUUAUUGCAAAUGGUACCUUGAAUGUCCAUGGGCUGCCUAAGUUGUCAAAAGUCCUUUUAGUACAAAGCCUAAAAGCAAAUCUAAUCAACAUAAGUCAGCUUUGUGAAGAUGAACUCAAAGUAGAGUUCUCUAGAGACAGUUGCAAUGUGUUUAAUCAGAAUCAUGAUUGUGUCAUGAUGGGAAAAAGGUCUACAAACAAAUGCUACACAUGGGAUAGUGAUCUAUCCGCUUUACAGACAACCAUCAGUCAAACACAAUUAUGGCACCAACGUAUGGGACACAUAAAUUUUCAUGACCAAGGAGCAUCCCCAGGCUAUUCAUCAAAUAGUGUGAUCAUUGAUGAUGUAACUCCAGCAAUAAUCACUGAUGAUGACAAAAGUCCAAGAGUUGUUGAAACAACUGUUCCAACACCUCUGACUAAUGAUAUGCAGAAUUGCAGAACAGAAACAGAGCCAAAUGAAGAAAAGGAUAAAAGUCAUCCUACUGUCUUAAAAAAUCAGAAAAAUAAUCCUUUGGAAAAUAUCAUGGGAGAUCUCAAUCAAAGAAUAAAGACUAGAGGAAAGAAACAAGAUUUCCACAAAAUAAAAGGAGUAUACUGCCACACCUCCAAGUUUGAUCCCAAAAAACAUUGA